GUGCCUGACAUUCUGGUAAUUUGAGAAAUAGAAAGCAAGCUCCAUGUCAUUCACGAAUAAAUUUCACUUUUAACAUUUCCACCGCUUUCCUUGUACACUUUUUACCUUUUUACGCUUUUUUACAUACUCACAUCUUUAAUCAUCAAAUAUAUUCUGCGCUAUUCUCUGACACUCCACCUUCCUCAAUCAUCCUUUGCUUUCCUCAGUAGAUCUGACCACCCCUCCCGUCCCCGUCCCCUCCUCCCCUCAUAAUUCCUCCGUUAUGAUUAGGAUUAGGAUUCCGUUAUAAGUUUAUGUUGCUGUGUUUAUUCUAAGACGACAGAAAUACCUUCCCCGAAAUCCCCUUCGAUCAUCAAUCAUAACAUCCUCACUCGUAUAGUCGCCUCCAUUUCUGAGAACUGUCACCAUGUUGUUGCGACUUCGGGGCCCGGAUGGCAUGGUCCGGAUCACUGUCGACAAAAAUGAUACUUUCGCAGAGCUUGGUCGCCAACUUAUGGCGCAGUUACCGCCGGCCGUCGACCCCAACACUGUUUCUAUGUCUCCAGAUCCCCAAGCUACAGAUUCCAAGUAUCUGAAAGACAUAGCUAAAUAUAAGCUGUCGCAAAUUGGAUUGAACCAUGGGGACUUGAUCUUUAUCAAAUACCAAUAUUUCGAUGCCACCAACGGCCACACGAAUGGAACCCCUGCAGCUUCCACAACCAUAACAUCUACCAACCGACUUAAUGGAAAGCCUAUCCUACCAACAGAAGAUCUACCAGUCGACCCUCCGCCGCUACUGUCUCCUUCACAAGUCAUCAAGAACCCUUGGGAGGUGGUGAAGCAAUCAACGUUAGACGAUCGAUUAGACAAGCAAGACGGGAAGAUCCCUCGAGGUCGAGACCGAAUGUGCAAGCACGGCCCGAAAGGCAUGUGCGACUACUGCAUGCCGCUCGACCCUUUCAACCUCCAAUAUCUCGCCGACAAGAAAAUCAAGUACUUGUCUUUCCACUCAUACCUCAGGAAGAUCAACUCGGCAACCAACAAACCCGAACUAGGAAGCUCAUUUAUUCCACCAUUGAAAGAGCCGUUUUUCAGAGUCAAGAGAGACUGCCCUUCGGGCCACCCUCAGUGGCCCGAGGGUAUCUGCACCAAGUGCCAGCCGAGUGCCAUCACCCUCCAACCGCAGACUUUCCGUAUGGUUGAUCACGUCGAGUUUGCUUCAUUUGAGCUUGUCAACACUUUCAUUGAUGCGUGGCGAAAGACGGGUGCGCAGCGAAUCGGCUAUCUCUAUGGUCGCUAUGCAGAAUACUCCGAGGUCCCCCUCGGCGUUAAAGCCAUUGUCGAGGCUAUCUAUGAAGUGCCACAGGUAGACGAGGUCGAUGGAGUUUCCUUAAACCCCUGGGAGAACGAGGCUGCCGUGAAUGAAGUCGCCAAGUUCUGUGGGCUUGAGCAGGUUGGUGUCAUAUUCACUGAUUUGCUCGAUGCUGGAACUGGCGACGGCAAGGUCAUCUGUAAGCGUCAUGCCGACUCAUACUACCUAAGUUCUCUAGAGAUUUGCUUUGCGGCGCGCUUGCAAGCCCAACACCCCAAGCCUACCAAAUGGAGCGAUACGGGAAGAUUCGGAUCCAACUUUGUCACAUGUAUAAUUUCCAGUGAUGAAACGAGUCAAAUCGCUAUUUCUUCAUACCAAGUCUCGAAUGACGCCGUGGAAAUGGUGCGAGCGGAUCUCAUCGAGCCGUCAGCUGACCCCAACGUCAUGCUUGUGCGAGAAGAAGAGGAUGACGACGGCUCGACGAGUAGAACGCGAUAUAUUCCCGAGGUGUUUUAUCGGAAAAUCAACGAGUACGGCGCAAACGUGCAAGAAAAUGCGAAACCCGCCUUCCCUGUUGAAUAUCUCUUUGUGACAUUAACACACGGUUUCCCAGCACCGCCCAAGCCCCUAUUCAAUACCUCCAACUUCCCUAUAGAGAACCGGGAAGUUAUAGGAGAGACCCAGCAGCCCAAGUUUGUCGCCAAAGCUCUCGACACCAGCGGGGGCAAUAAACUUGCAUCCCUCUCUGAUUUCCAUCUACUCAACUUCAUUCAUGGAAUGGGUGUUUUAUCAAAGGAGGAAGAAGCCCUGCUCUGCCGGGUAGCGACGAAACACGACCUCGCUGACACAUACCAACUCUUUUCGACACCCGGUUGGCAGACUCUAGAAGCCAUUCUACAGGAGACUGGUGAGAAUAUCCCUAAACUUAAGCGCCGUCGUCGUUCAAGUGACGCGGUGGGUCAAGCGGACGGUGGAGCCUCCUCCUCAACAUCGUCCUCGUCCGCUGCUGCUGGUUCCGUCCCCAAAACAUCCGGUGAACCGCUUACUAAGCGUCUUGCUGCCGUUAGGCUGAACGAGCGAAACGGGAACCGACCCGCCUACGAUCGUGCCAAGUUCGAGAAACCAUGAUGUUUCCGCCGUGAACUGCCCCCGUUGAGAAGCGGCAGACGACAUGUAACUCCCCCGUUCGGAUGAAGUGGCUAAGGGCCAAGCAAGUAAUGAGUGAGGUGGUAGGAAAUUCUCUUCACUGGUGAUAGAUACCUGGAGGGAUAAUGGCUCAGGCCCAACUUUGUCAGUCCUUGGCCGGCGUAGAGGGAACAAACGGACGUUUUGGUUCGUAUAUACAGGAGGGAACCCAGCACGUAGUUGCAGAUUCGGCCGCCUGUCUAUGGUAGACCUAUGUAUUAUUCAUCGCUGAUGGAUAUAAAUGGGAAGACGAACGAGAAGUUCCGGUGUCGGUCACACCAUACACAGAGUGUCGCUCAUAGAAUACCCUAUUAAAUGGAGUGUAAUAAAUGAAGUGUGUACCUACUACUAAUUUGUUUUGACUACUACUACUUACUCACUAGGUACUAAUUCUAGUUUUGGGGAGUUCGACAAGUUGACGAUGGGUUUUCUUCUCUUCCAGAGAUGCGUAAACGUACAGUACAAGAAGGGAGGUUCA